AUGAAUCGACCUAAAACAAUGAAACCUCAAGUCGAGACUCGUACGGUGACAACCGACGGUACAUUUGAAGGUUUUGCUGAGUUUCUGAGGUCCGAUAAUCCUGCCGACCUUGUUGAAACGGAGCUGAAUUACGAACACACAUUAACUGACCCGCGUUGUGACCCAGAGGAGAAUGAGUACGAGACGGAUGGACCUCACGAAUUUCGGCUUAAGAAACGAAAAACUACGACCGUAAUGGAGACAUCGCCGAUGGGACAACCGUCUUCAGUUGGAGGUGAAGAACAAGUUGUAGAGGACUUAGUGAUACAUCUGAGUGAUUCGGUCCGCGAAAUGUUUGCCGGGUGGACAAUGUCGUGGAAAUUUGCUAUCGAUGGAUACAACGGUAAUGGUCGAGAAUCCAUCUCCGAUACCCCCGAAGGAUCCCGUAUCUUUAAGCAGUCUGUUAUCACGCCAUACAGCGACCCAGCGGAGUGGAAGACUAUUACUGUGGGAAAAGUGAUGGAAAUGCGUACUUUGCUCGCAGGAUAUGCUGAUCAUGAUGACCUGGAGUUCAACAUAACGUGGUCCCGUCAAGAGCCAUCUUUCUCACAGUUAGAGAGAACUCAACGCGAGUUGGAUCUUUUGAAGAGAGCAAUGGCACAAACGCAGGCCAUGUUGCUUGGAAUUUUUAACCGUCCCUCGAUUGAUAUCACUCGAUUAGUCUUUCGGUCAAAAACGCAGCGGAACUCGCAAAUAUCUGUAUUGAUAACAGAGGACGUUGAACCACGAAAAGGUAGAAUCACAUCUCGUAGUUCUUUGUACAACUUGCAAUCAAUCAUUCAUGAUGUGAAACUGAUUUGUUAUAACAGAAUGCCACGUUCAAAGCAACCAUUCAUGUCACAGGCACAUCAUCUGAUCUGUCACGUCCAAUCUAGAGCUCUAUACUUCGCCCCUCUGAGGUCUACAUACCAAGUAUAUUGCAAGGCACUUUCCAGCCCGGCGGAGGAAAACGACCAAUUACCACCACUCCCCCUUUGGCCUGUAUGGGCUGAAGCUUACUGCACCCCUUAUACCAUCGUACCCGGUUUCAAGACUCCCUCUAGCCCAAAGAGUCUCUACCGCCUGGCCGAUAUGUUGAUCAUUCCACAACUUAAGGCUAUAUGUCGACAGCAAAUCAGCAAUUCCAUACAUGUGCAAAAUGUGAUAUCCGAACUCCAGAGCUCAGUUUUUGAACAGCAUGAGGAAUUGCGUGUGGACGCCUAUAAAUUUAUGCGUAAUACCUGGCAUUUAUAUCAAAGCUCAGAGAUCGUUCCUUUUCUCGCCAAUAUGUCUGAAGCAGAGGCUGCUCUGGUUUUCAAUCACAUACUUAAAAAUCUUCCUGUUUCAAACUCUUUGCUUCAACCCGUUUAA